AUGGCAAAUAUACCAGUAGUCAGCCUGGAUGAAUCAGAUGACGAGCUUUGCUUUAUUUCGAGCUGCCCUGUCCAUAAGAACGCCCAUAAGAACGUCCCAGAAAUGCAGAGCUUCAAUGAUUCAAAAAUACAUUCAUACCUCAGCCCAAUUUUCAAUUGUGAACGAUUCCUCCCAAAUCCUCCUGCUUCUCUCAAAGUUUCUCAUGUCAAACCUAAGAGAGAGGUAUGGGCCAGUAUCGAACCAAGUAAUGAGAUAUUUGAAACCAGUUUCCCACAAAGCAAUGUCAAUCUGCCAAAUAUUAAUUCGGAAAAGACACAUUACGGCCCAAAUUUCUUUUUCGACUUUGCUAAAGCUAUUACCAGGAGUUUUCCAUAUGAACGAUUUGCCAGAGCUCAGGGAUGUGAAAUUUCUGACAUCAAAGACGUUAUGGUUGAUACCCUCAUUAACCCUUUAAUGAAACAAAGAGCGGUGAACGAGUUAAGGGGCAAAACAUCAGAUCGGGGAAAUGAUAAAAAUAACUAUCCUAUUGAACCCGGGGUUAUUGUUUCUGCUGCAUCACUUGGGUAUGACCUGGUGCCAAAAGAUGAAGCACCGGAAGUAGGAGCUUUAGCUAAUCGGAUUCGACAUGCAAGACAAUCAGCGAAAAUGAAUCAACUCAAAUAUGAGGAUGAUGUUAGCUGUUUUGAUAGUAGUGCCUCCAUGGCGAGAGCACAAAGCGAUGUAACUUCUGAAGACAUCAAGGCCAGGCAGGAUGAUGGCCAGUUCCACUUGGAAACGGACGAAGAUAAUAUCAGCGAGCCGCAGGCUGAUAGCUCUAAUGAAUCAACGCCACCAAAUUAUCGCAAAAGGGUUUAUGAGGAAAAAGUUUUAUAUGAAGCGAGGGUUCUCGGCCGGCGUCUCAACGAAGGUAUAUAUCAGCCAUCACACCACUCAAAUCCCCCCAAGAAGCUCAAAAUGACAUGGCCAACACGCACAUCCACAUCGGCUGCCCACCCCACUCAUCCUUCAUCCAUUGCCCGAACAAGUGGGCGCCGUCCAGUAUGCCGUGACUUUGCUGGCAGUUAUUGGAAUCUUAACCCCGAACAAGGACCUGCAAUCACUGGCUAUGGUGGCACCUUCGGUCACCUGGUGGAACUAAAUCAAAUUAACAUCAUUAAGCGACGCUGGGAUAGAAGAAACUUUGGAGACAUCCCUGUACCGCAACAGGACAUUACUGGGUUUGAUGAUGAUACUGACGAAGAAGUUGGGGGGGAAAGUGGGAAUGAGGCAGAUGAUAGUGAGAACGGCACCUACUAUGACUUUGCUGAUCCGGAUAUAGCGGAAAAAUUUUUUGACAUCUCCUAUUGGAGGUAA